UGCGUCCUGCUCCAGUGUUUUCGAGUAGGUUGGUGCUGCGAGGUGUUCAUUCAUGUAUAUUAAGUCAUUAUACGUGUACAAGUGUACUUAUACCAUACGGUAGGUUGGUUAGUGUAGUUUUGCAGUAUUAGGAAGCUACUGGCCGGGUAAACAGACGGCAGCGACUCUCUCUAAUCAUGGCUUAUAUACAGAUCUUGAAAGUCCUGCACCGAAAUAUGCAACACGGAGCGCCACAGGUCAACGUGCUUGUCCACACGCACAGGAGAGCUUCAGCGUUAUCGAGACUGGCCCUCCACAGAGGACUAGAGGCUCAUUCGCCUGCGCUAAGCUGCUUUAUUCAGGCACACAGACGGCGGGGCAUUUGUCUCGACUUUACAGCCAGAAAUAAAAGCAGCCCCGAGGACAGAGACAGGUCAGUCUCCAGGUACCAAAGCGGGAGCUCAAAGCCUUCAGCUACACAAAAAGUGAAAGAAGCUGGCAGAGACUUCACCUACCUGAUCGUUGUCCUCAUCGGGCUAGGAGUGACAGGCGGGCUGCUCUAUGUGGUGUUUCAAGAGCUGUUUUCAUCCACAAGUCCAAAUAAAGUCUACGGGAGAGCCUUUGACAAAGUCAAAUCACACCCAGAGGUGAUUGGUGCGUUUGGUGAGCCAAUCAAAUGUUACGGGGAGACUACCCGUCGAGGAAGGAGGCAGCAAGUCAGUCAUAUUGAGUACCUGAAGGAUGGACUGAAGCAUAUGAGACUUAAGUUUUACAUUGAAGGCGCAGAGCCAGGAGUGAAGGGAACAGUGCAUACAGAGUCUAAAGAGAAUCCUGAAACUGGAAAAUAUGAGUUUCGUUAUAUAUUUGUGGACAUUGACGCCUACCCGAGACGGACAAUAAUUGUGGAAGAUAACAGAUAACAGAUUCACCUUCAUUUAACUGUCAAAGGUGGUUAAACAGUUAUGGCUGACACUUCACAACAAUGUGAGCAUUUGGUGAAGAGCCUUGCAAAGCAGAUUUCAAAGGAUCCUGUGACCGUCGUGUGCUACUGAUUUAUGAGUAAUGUUUGUUUUUUUGACUACAUUAUUUCACAAUCAAGAUCGAAAUGCUUUUAAACUUGAAUACAAUAAAAGCUUUAGGAACAAGCAUACAACCAAAACAGCUUGUUUUUUGUGAGAUACAGUAGUUUUCAUUGGAACCACAGGUAAUCUUUUAGCUGUAAUGAGUUGGAUGUGUGGUGUAACAGGUCCAUUAAACUCGUGUAUUACCUUUUAAGCUCGUUUUUUAGGUAUGUAAUGUAUGUCUUUUUAGAAAUCUUAAAAAUAUUGUGGAUUCUUUACUUUCAUAUUUAUUUUAUUUGUUGUGUACCGCAAACAGAGAAGUAUGAAAUAGUCACCACCAGAUGGAGUCAUCGAGUCAUGGUUAGCGUUAUAUGCCCUUUUUCAUCUUUGCUGUCCUCCCCUCUUUACAAGUAUUUGAGAAGUGUAACCAAUAAACUGAUUUUAAAACUC